AUGAACGGGCAUGCUCAUCCUUACCUGCGCCCCCCCCACUCUCGCCCUCGAGCCUUCAUUGCAGGCGAUAUAAUUCUGACCCGUAAAUGGACCGGCGUAAUCUCGCGAACGAAAGAACAAGCCAUUCGCAGUACCAUCCUUGUGUGCGCGUCGGUUUCAGAGGAACAACAAGGCAGUCAAUGUGACCGGCCUUUUUCCCUCACUCUGACUUUCGUGGAAUACACAGCUGGUAGCAGAGACCAAGGGGGCGCACGGAGGACUGGAAGUAUGUUGCUGGGUCGGUUGAAUGUUCUCGCAAGCCUCGAUCAGCGCGAUGAUCCAGCGAUCGCAGAGAUUACACAGGUUAAAGAAGGAGGAUGCAAAUUACAGGAGGAUGUUAAAAGCAACAGUUUGUGGCCCACCAACAGUGAGAGCAAGUACGUCGGGAGAAUAUGUUCUGGCUUCAGCAAUGAUGGGGCAAGGAUGCUUAUGACACCUUUGAACGCCAAGUGCACCCCAUUAACGAAGCUUUUGUGGACUUAUACGACCCAGUACCAUCUACUCGUUAAAUCCAUGAACCUUUUCGACCUGAAGAUGAGCUCCUCAGCCCAAGGCCACCUUUGCCUCAAAAGAGACAUUUUCUAAGUGGGGCCAAUUUGCUCUUUUUAAAGACCCCUAAAUUAAGAUAAAAAUGUAACGCCUAAUCUAUGUGACCUAAAAGCCACAAAGCUCAAAAUUGUUUA